AUGGUUCCAGUAACUGAAAUGAAAAUAGUCGUUGGAGAAGGAUAUGCAUGGAUUUUAUUAGAAGCUGUUAUAAUAACAAUUCAUAUGUGGAUAACUGGAAUGAUGAUGGGAUCAGUAAGAAAACGAUUUUUUAAUAAAGAUUUUUAUCAAAACAAAUUUCCUGAAUAUAAACGAUUGGGAAAAGUUAUGAGACCAGAUGGUGGUUAUCCUGAUGAUGGACAAGGACGGUUAGCUGAUAAAUUAGAUGAUGAACAAUGGUUUAUUUUUAAUAAUUAUCGACGAGCACAUAUGAACUAUCUUGAAGGCGGUUUUGCAGUUCUAAUUCCUUUAUUAAUAGCUGGUCUUUCUUAUACUCGUUUGACUUUUUUUAUUGGAAUUGCUUAUAUAAUAGGACGAGAAAUUUAUUCUCAAGGUUAUCGUGGAGCAGGUUCAAAAGGUCGGCUUGUUGGAGUAUUAAUUCUUGAUUUGGCUCUUUUGGCUUUAUGGUCAAUGGCUUUAUAUACAUGUUUUCAUUGGGGAAAUGGUUUAAAUGGAUUAAAAAGACUUAUUUUUUAA